CUGCCGCCGCCGCCGCCGCUUCUCCUCCGUGGCCCCUGCCCGCUCCGGGGGCUGUAAACUCCCCGCCAACCAUGCUGCUCGGCGGCAGCGGCGGCGGCGGCUCCGGCUCCCCGGCUGCGGCCGCCUCCCGCCCCGGGCUCCGCCGAGCGCGCUCCAGCUCCGCCGCCGCCGCCGCCAGCAGCGCGUCCUCCGCCGACCCCCGCCAGCCGCCGCUGCCGCUGCUGCCGCUGCUGCCGCUGCCUUGAUGGGCUCCGCGGCCCGAGCGCCUCUUUUCGGGAUUAAAAGCGCCGCCAGCUCCCGCCGCCGCCGCCGUCGCCAGCAGCGCCGCUGCAGCCGCCGCCGCCGGAGAAGCAACCGCGUCCGAUCCGUACUGGGUGCAAUGAAAACUCCACGCAGGCCUUACCAUGGAAGGCUGUGACUCGCCCGUCGUCUCGGGGAAGGACAAUGGGUGCGGGAUCCCUCCGCACCAGCAAUGGACUGAACUCCACAGCGCCCACCUCCCCGACAAACCCGGUAGCAUGGAGCAGCCCGCGGGCGACAGCCACGGGCCCUUGGACGGCCUGAGGGCCCCCUUCCCUGAGCACCUGGCGGACAGCGCUGGCCCGACCGGGCCUCCCGUCGCUGCUGCCGCCGCCGCUGCCGCCGCCACCGCCGAGCCCGCCAGCACGGAGGUCAGCUGCAGCGAGUGCUCGGCCUCCUUCAGCAGCUUGCAGACCUACAUGGAGCACCACUGCCCCAGCGCACGGCCCACGGCCGCGCCCCUGCGCGAGGAGAGUGCCAGCGACACCAGCGAGGAGGGCGAGGAGGAGAGCGACGUGGAGAACCUGGCGGGGGAGAUCGUGUACCAGCCCGACGGCUCGGCCUACAUUGUGGAGAGCCUGAGCCAGCUGGCCCCGGGCAUGGGCGCCUUGGCGGCGGGCGGCGGCGGUGGGGGCGCGGGGGGCGGCAGCGGGCCCUUACCUGCGGUGGCAGCAUCGUCCUCGUCGGGGGGCUCGGCGUCGUCACCGCCACCGCCGUCGCUUUUCCUGAACUCGCUGCCCGGGGCGGGGGGCAAGCCCGGGGAGCCGCCGUCUUCGUGUGCCACCGCCCCCGCCGCCGCCCCCGUGUACCCGCAGAUCAUCAACACUUUCCACAUAGCCUCAUCCUUCGGGAAAUGGUUUGAGGGCCCAGACCCAGCGUUCCCGAAUACCUCAGCCCUGGCGGGGCUCAGCCCCGUCCUGCACAGCUUCCGCGUUUUCGACGUGCGACACAAAAGCAACAAGGAUUACCUGAACAGCGACGGCUCCGCCAAGAGCUCCUGCGUAUCCAAAGAUGUCCCCAACAAUGUGGACCUGUCCAAGUUCGACGGCUUCGUGCUCUACGGCAAGAGGAAGCCCAUCCUCAUGUGCUUCCUGUGCAAGCUCUCCUUCGGGUACGUCCGUUCGUUUGUCACCCACGCGGUGCACGACCACCGCAUGACCCUGAGCGAAGACGAGCGGAAGAUUCUUAGCAAUAAGAACAUCUCCGCCAUCAUCCAAGGGAUCGGCAAAGACAAGGAGCCCCUCGUAAGUUUUCUGGAACCAAAAAACAAAAACUUUCAACACCCCUUAGUUUCCACAGCUAACCUCAUAGGCCCCGGACACAGUUUCUAUGGUAAAUUCAGUGGCAUUCGCAUGGAAGGGGAGGAGGCCCUCCCGGCCCCUGGCACCGCCACGCCUGCCGCUGCCCCCACUGGCAGCCCAGAGCAGCCCCAGGCCGGCCUCUUGAACCCCGGCACCCUCUUGAACCUUGGCGGGCUCACCAGCUCGGUCCUGAAGACCCCCAUUACCUCAGUCCCCCUGGGGCCUCUGGCUUCCAGUCCUACCAAAUCCUCAGAGAGCAAGGACUCCGGGGCAGCCGAAGGGGAGAAGCAAGACGCAGCUGACGCGGAUUGCUUCUCCGAGAAGGCAGAGCAGGCCGAGGAGGAGGCCGAGGAGGAGGAGGAGGAAGAGGCGGAGGAAGAAGAGGAGGAAGAGGAGGAAGAGGAAGAGGAGGAAGAGGAGGAUGAGGAGGGUUGCAAAGGACUGUUUCCAAGCGAGUUGGACGAUGAGCUGGAGGACAGGCCCCACGAGGAGUCUGGAGCCGCGGCAGGUGGUAGCAGCAAAAAGGACCUCGCUCUCUCAAACCAAAGCAUUUCUAACUCCCCCCUAAUGCCUAACGUGCUCCAGACCCUGUCGAGGGGCACGGCUUCUACUAGUUCUAAUUCUGCUUCUUCCUUUGUUGUCUUUGAUGGUGCGAACAGGAGGAAUCGUUUAAGCUUUAACAGUGAGGGCGUCAGGGCCAAUGUGGCAGAGGGCGGCAGGAGGCUGGACUUCGCUGACGAAAGUGCCAAUAAAGACAAUGCCACAGCACCAGAACCAAAUGAGAGCACAGAGGGCGAGGAUGGGGGCUUUGCCCCCCAUCACCAGCACGCUGGCUCCCUCUGCGAGCUCGGGGUCGGGGAGUGCCCCUCGGGGAGCGGUGUGGAAUGCCCCAAGUGUGACACGGUCCUGGGCUCCUCCCGCUCGCUGGGUGGCCACAUGACCAUGAUGCAUUCUCGUAACUCGUGUAAGACACUCAAGUGCCCCAAGUGCAACUGGCACUAUAAGUACCAGCAGACGCUGGAGGCACACAUGAAGGAAAAGCACCCCGAGCCAGGGGGCUCCUGUGUCUACUGUAAGAGCGGGCAGCCCCAUCCCCGGCUGGCGCGAGGCGAGAGCUACACAUGUGGUUACAAGCCUUUCCGCUGCGAGGUGUGUAACUACUCUACAACUACCAAAGGCAACCUCAGUAUUCAUAUGCAGUCCGACAAGCAUCUCAACAACAUGCAGAACCUGCAGAACGGAGGGGGCGAGCAGGUGUUCAGCCACACAGCCGGGGCGGCGGCCGCAGCUGCGGCUGCAGCAGCGGCCGCUGCCAACAUCAGCAGCUCCUGUGGGGCCCCCUCGCCCACCAAACCAAAAACCAAACCCACCUGGCGCUGUGAGGUGUGUGACUACGAGACCAACGUGGCCAGGAACCUGCGCAUCCACAUGACCAGCGAGAAGCACAUGCACAACAUGAUGCUGCUGCAGCAGAACAUGACGCAGAUCCAGCACAACCGGCACCUGGGCCUGGGCAGCCUGCCCUCGCCCGCCGAGGCCGAGCUCUACCAGUACUACCUGGCCCAGAACAUGAACCUGCCCAACCUGAAGAUGGACAGUGCCACCUCCGAUGCCCCGUUCAUGAUGAGUGGAUUCCAGCUGGAUCCCACUGGGCCCAUGGCUGCCAUGACACCUGCUCUAGUGGGCGGUGAGAUCCCUCUAGACAUGCGGCUCGGGGGCGGACAGCUGGUGUCGGAGGAGCUGAUGAACCUGGGAGAGAGCUUCAUCCAGACCAAUGACCCAUCACUGAAGCUCUUCCAGUGCGCCGUGUGCAACAAGUUCACGACGGACAACCUGGACAUGCUGGGGCUACACAUGAAUGUGGAACGCAGCCUCUCAGAGGACGAAUGGAAGGCUGUGAUGGGAGACUCUUACCAGUGCAAGCUCUGCCGCUACAACACCCAGCUCAAGGCCAACUUCCAGCUGCACUGCAAGACGGACAAGCACGUACAGAAAUACCAGCUGGUUGCCCACAUCAAGGAGGGUGGCAAGGCCAAUGAGUGGAGGCUCAAGUGCGUGGCCAUUGGCAACCCCGUGCACCUCAAGUGCAACGCCUGUGACUACUACACCAACAGCCUGGAGAAGCUGCGGCUGCACACGGUCAACUCCAGGCAUGAGGCCAGCCUCAAGCUGUACAAGCACCUGCAGCAGCACGAGAGCGGCGUGGAGGGCGAGAGCUGCUACUACCACUGCGUCCUGUGCAACUACUCGACCAAGGCCAAGCUCAACCUCAUCCAGCAUGUGCGCUCCAUGAAGCACCAGCGCAGCGAGAGCCUGCGGAAACUGCAGCGGCUGCAGAAGGGCCUUCCGGAGGAGGACGAGGACCUGGGCCAGAUCUUCACCAUCCGCAGGUGCCCCUCCACCGACCCAGAAGAAGCCAUUGAAGAUGUUGAAGGGCCCAGUGAGACACCUGCCGACCCAGAGGAGCUUGCUAAAGACCAGGAGAGCGGAGGCGAGAAAGACCAGAGCAAGUGGACAGCAUCGUCCAGCCCAGCAGAGAAGGAGCUGACAGAUACUCCUGCCACCUCCAAACGCAUCUCCUUCCCAGGUAGCUCGGAGUCUCCCCUCUCUUCAAAGCGACCGAAAACAUCAGAGGAGAUCAAACCGGAGCAGAUGUACCAGUGCCCCUACUGCAAGUACAGCAACGCCGACGUGAACCGGCUGCGAGUGCACGCCAUGACCCAGCACUCGGUGCAGCCCAUGCUGCGCUGCCCCCUGUGCCAGGACACGCUCAACAACAAGAUCCAUCUGCAGCUGCACCUCACCCACCUCCACAGCGUGGCGCCCGACUGUGUGGAGAAGCUGAUCAUGACGGUGACCACUCCCGAGAUGGUGAUGCCCAGCAGCAUGUUCCUGCCUGCAGCCGGCCCAGACCGGGAUGGGAGCUCCAAUCUGGAAGAGGCAGGAAAGCAUCCUGAAACCUCAGAGGAUCUGGGGAAGAGCAUCUUGCCAUCUGUGAGCACAGAGCACAGUGGAGACUUGAAGCCUGCUCCUGCGGAGCCCAGCUCUGGGAGAGAAGACUCAGGCUUCCUGUGCUGGAAGAAGGGGUGCAACCAGGUUUUCAAGACCUCUGCCGCCCUUCAGGCACAUUUCACCGAGGUGCACGCCAAGAGGCCCCAGCUGCCCGUGUCCGAUCGCCACGUGUACAAAUAUCGCUGCAACCAGUGCAGCCUGGCGUUCAAGACCAUCGAGAAGCUGCAGCUCCACUCGCAGUACCACGUGAUCAGAGCCGCCACCAUGUGCUGUCUUUGUCAGCGCAGUUUUAGAACUUUCCAGGCUUUGAAAAAGCACCUUGAGACAAGCCACCUGGAGUUGAGCGAGGCUGACAUACAGCAACUUUACGGUGGCCUUCUGGCCAACGGGGACCUCCUGGCAAUGGGAGACCCCACCCUGGCAGAGGACCACACCAUCAUCGUUGAGGAAGACAGAGAGGAAGAGAGUGACCUGGAUGGCAAACAGAGCCCGACGGGCAGUGACUCUGGGUCGGUCCAAGAAGACUCGGGCUCAGAGCCAAAGAGAGCACUACCUUUCAGAAAAGGCCCCAAUUUUACGAUGGAAAAAUUUCUAGAUCCUUCUCGCCCUUACAAAUGUACUGUGUGCAAGGAAUCUUUCACUCAAAAGAAUAUUCUGCUAGUGCACUACAACUCUGUCUCCCACCUACAUAAGUUAAAGAGAGCCCUUCAAGAAUCGGCAACUGGGCAGCCGGAGCCCACAAGCAGCCCGGACAACAAACCUUUUAAGUGUAAUACUUGUAACGUGGCCUACAGCCAGAGUUCCACUCUGGAGAUCCACAUGAGGUCUGUACUGCAUCAAACCAAGGCCCGGGCGGCCAAGCUGGAGGCCGCCAGCGGCAGCGGCAACAGCAGCGCUGUCUCCCUCAGCUCCUCCGCACCCAGCCCCGUGAGCACCAGCGGCAGUAACACCUUUACCACCACCAAUUCAGGCAGCGCUGGCAUCGCUCAGAGCUCCAACCUACUGAGCCAAGUGCCCCCGGAAAGCGUGGGGAUGCCGGCCCUGGGGAAUCCCCUCGGGGCCACCCUUGCUUCAACAUCAGAGCCCAAGGAGGCCAACCGGAAGAAGCUGGCAGAUAUGAUUGCCUCCAGGCAGCAGCAGCAGCAGCAGCAGCAGCAGCAGCAGCAGCAGCAGCAGCAGCAACAACAGCAAGCACAGACCCUGGCUCAGGCCCAGGCCCAGGCCCAAGCCCAAGUUCAAGCUCACUUGCAACAGGAGCUGCAGCAGCAGGCCGCCCUUAUCCAGUCUCAGCUGUUUAAUCCCACUCUCCUCCCUCACUUCCCCAUGACCACCGAGACCCUGCUGCAGCUGCAGCAGCAGCACCUGCUCUUCCCGUUCUACAUUCCCAGUGCCGAGUUCCAGCUCAACCCCGAGGCGAGCCUGCCGGUGACCAGUGGGGCGCUGACGCUGACGGGCAGUGGCCCAGGCCUGCUGGAGGAUCUGAAGGCCCAGGUUCAGGUCCCGCAGCAGAGCCACCAGCCCAUCCUGCAGCAACAGCAGCAGCAGCAAAGCCAGCUCUCUCUGUCCCAGAGUCACUCUGCCCUCCUGCAGCCAAGCCAACAUCCUGAAAAGAAAAACAAACUGGCCAUCAAGGAAAAGGAGAAAGAGUGCCAGAGAGAGAGGGAUGGCGCUGAGGGAGGGGAGGGCAACGCGGGAGCAAAGGACUCGCUGCCAGAUGCUUUGAAGGUCAAAGAGAAGAAAGAGCCCGUGCCAGGGGCCAGUUCCGAGCCUUCCAUGCUGCCUCCACGCAUCGCCUCGGAUGCCAGAGGGAAUGCCACCAAGGCCUUGCUGGAGAACUUUGGCUUUGAACUGGUAAUUCAGUACAAUGAGAACAAGCAGAAGGUGCAGAAGAAGAAUGGGAAGACAGAGCAGGGAGAGAACCUGGAAAAGCUGGAGUGCGACUCCUGUGGCAAGCUGUUUUCUAACAUCUUGAUCUUGAAGAGUCAUCAAGAGCAUGUUCAUCAAAACUACUUUCCCUUCAAACAGCUCGAGAGGUUUGCCAAGCAGUACAGAGAGCACUAUGAUAAACUGUACCCCUUGAGGCCCCAGACCCCGGAGCCACCCCCUCCUCCCCCGCCGCCCCCGCCGCCCCCGCUCCCUGCAGCGCCCCCUCAACCCCCCACCACGCCAGCCAUUCCCGUCUCGGCCCCGCCCAUCACCUCCCCCACCAUGGCCACGGCCCAGCCGUCGGUGCCGCUCACCCAGCUCUCCAUGCCCAUGGAGCUGCCCAUGUUCUCGCCACUCAUGAUGCAGACCCUGCCACUGCAGACCCUGCCGGCCCAGCUGCCCCCUCAGCUGGGGCCUGUGGAGCCUCUGCCUGCGGACCUGGCCCAGCUGUACCAGCAUCAGCUCAACCCCACCCUGCUCCAACAGCAGAACAAGCGGCCCCGCACCCGGAUCACCGACGACCAGCUCCGCGUGCUGCGGCAGUAUUUUGACAUUAACAACUCACCCAGCGAGGAGCAGAUCAAAGAGAUGGCAGAUAAGUCUGGCCUGCCCCAGAAAGUGAUCAAGCACUGGUUCAGGAACACGCUCUUCAAGGAGCGGCAGCGCAACAAGGACUCCCCGUACAACUUCAGCAACCCUCCCAUCACCAGCCUCGAGGAGCUCAAGAUCGACUCGCGGCCCCCCUCGCCGGAGCCGCAGAAGCAGGAGUACUGGGGAAGCAAGAGGUCGUCGAGGACCAGGUUUACCGACUACCAGCUCCGAGUGCUCCAGGACUUCUUUGAUGCCAACGCCUACCCCAAGGACGAUGAGUUUGAGCAGCUCUCCAAUCUGCUGAACCUUCCAACUCGAGUCAUAGUGGUGUGGUUUCAGAAUGCCCGCCAGAAGGCCCGGAAAAAUUAUGAGAACCAGGGAGAGGGCAAAGAUGGCGAGCGGCGGGAGCUUACAAACGACAGGUACAUUCGCACGAGCAACUUGAACUACCAGUGCAAAAAAUGUAGCCUGGUGUUUCAGCGCAUCUUUGAUCUCAUCAAGCACCAGAAGAAGCUGUGCUACAAGGACGAGGAUGAGGAGGGGCAGGAUGACAGUCAAAAUGAAGAUUCCAUGGACGCCAUGGAAAUCCUGACGCCCACCAGCUCGUCCUGCAGCACCCCGAUGCCCUCACAGGCCUACAGCGCCCCAGCACCAUCUGCCAACCCAGCUCCUCCUGCUUUCCUGCCACUCACAGCCGAGGCCGACGAACUGGCCACCUUCAACUCCAAAGCAGAGGCGAGUGAUGAGAAACCAAAGCUGGCUGAACCUCCCAGCGCACAGCCAAACCAAACCCAAGAAAAGCAAGGACAGCCAAAGGCAGAGCUGCAGCAGCAGGAGCAGCCGGAGCCGAAGACCACCGCGCCCCCGCCGAAGCUCCCGCAGCUGCCCUCCACGCCUGCCUUGCCGCAGCCUCCUCCGCAAGCGCCCCCUCCUCAGUGCCCCUUGCCCCAGUCAAGCCCCAGUCCUUCUCAGCUCUCCCACCUGCCCCUCAAGCCCCUCCAUACAUCAACUCCUCAACAGCUGGCAAACCUACCUCCUCAGCUCAUCCCCUACCAGUGUGACCAGUGUAAGCUGGCGUUUCCAUCAUUUGAGCACUGGCAGGAGCAUCAGCAGCUGCACUUCCUGAGCGCGCAGAACCAGUUCAUCCACCCCCAGUUUCUGGACAGGUCGCUGGACAUGCCUUUCAUGCUCUUUGAUCCCAGUAACCCACUCCUGGCCAGCCAGCUGCUCUCUGGGGCCAUCCCUCAGAUUCCAGUGAGCUCAGCCACUUCUCCUUCCACUCCAACCUCCACGAUGAACACGCUCAAGAGGAAGUUGGAGGAGAAGGCCAGUGCAAGCCCUGGGGAAAACGACAGUGGGACGGGGGGCGAGGAGCCGCAGAGGGACAAGCGCCUGAGGACGACCAUCACACCUGAGCAGCUGGAGAUUCUCUACCAGAAGUACCUGCUGGACUCCAAUCCAACCCGAAAGAUGUUGGACCACAUCGCACACGAAGUGGGCUUGAAGAAACGCGUGGUGCAGGUCUGGUUUCAGAACACCCGGGCUCGGGAGAGGAAGGGACAGUUCCGGGCCGUGGGCCCGGCGCAGGCCCACAGGAGGUGCCCUUUUUGCAGAGCACUCUUCAAGGCCAAGACAGCCCUUGAGGCUCACAUCCGGUCCCGUCACUGGCACGAAGCCAAGAGAGCCGGCUACAACCUAACUCUGUCUGCAAUGCUCUUGGACUGUGAUGGCGGACUCCAGAUGAAAGGGGAUAUUUUUGAUGGAACUAGCUUUCCCCACCUACCCCCGAGCAGCAGUGACAGUCAGGGUGUACCCCUCUCACCUGUGAGUAAAACCAUGGAGCUGUCGCCCAGAACCCUCCUUAGCCCUUCCUCCAUCAAGGUGGAGGGGAUUGAAGACUUUGAAAGCCCUUCCAUGUCCUCAGUUAAUCUAAACUUUGACCAAACCAAACUGGACAAUGACGACUGCUCCUCUGUCAACACGGCCAUCACGGACACCACGACUGGGGAUGAGGGCAAUGCCGACAACGACAGUGCGACAGGGAUAGCAACCGAAACCAAAUCUUCUGCCGCGCCCAAUGAAGGGCUGACCAAAGCAGCCAUGAUGGCGAUGUCCGAGUACGAAGAUCGGCUCUCAUCUGGCCUGGUCAGCCCAGCCCCGAGCUUCUACAGCAAGGAGUAUGACAAUGAAGGUACUGUGGACUACAGUGAGACUUCCAGCCUUGCCGACCCCUGCUCCCCAAGUCCUGGAGCCAGUGGGUCUGCAGGCAAGUCCGGUGACGGCGGGGAUCGGCCCGGGCAGAAACGUUUUCGCACUCAGAUGACCAACCUGCAGCUGAAGGUCCUCAAGUCGUGCUUUAAUGACUACAGGACGCCCACUAUGCUGGAGUGUGAGGUCCUGGGCAAUGACAUCGGACUGCCAAAGAGGGUUGUUCAGGUCUGGUUCCAGAAUGCCCGGGCAAAAGAAAAGAAGUCCAAGUUAAGCAUGGCCAAGCAUUUUGGUAUAAACCAAACAAGUUACGAGGGACCCAAGACAGAGUGCACUUUGUGUGGCAUCAAGUACAGCGCUCGACUGUCUGUACGUGACCAUAUCUUUUCCCAACAGCAUAUCUCCAAAGUUAAAGACACCAUUGGAAGUCAGUUGGACAAGGAGAAAGAGUACUUUGACCCAGCCACUGUACGUCAGUUGAUGGCUCAACAGGAGUUGGACCGGAUUAAGAAGGCCAACGAGGUCCUUGGACUGGCAGCUCAGCAGCAAGGGAUGUUUGACAACGCUCCUCUGCAGGCUCUGAACCUUCCCACGGCAUACCCCGCACUCCAGGGCAUCCCUCCCGUGUUGCUCCCUGGCCUCAACAGCCCCUCCCUGCCAGGCUUUACUCCAUCCAACACAGCUUUAACGUCUCCUAAACCGAACCUGAUGGGUCUGCCCAGCACAACAGUUCCUUCCCCUGGCCUCCCCACAUCUGGAUUACCAAAUAAGCCGUCUUCAGCCUCGCUGAGCUCCCCAACCCCAGCACAAGCCACCAUGGCGAUGGCCCCUCAGCCGCACCCCCAGCCCCAGCAGCAGCAGCCAGCCCAAGUCCAGCAGCCUGCCCUGCCUCCUGCAGUCCAGCCGCCACCCGCGCCCCAGCUCCCGCCCCAGCAGCCGCAGCAGCCGCCGCCACGCAAGGACAAAGACUGUGAGAAAGGCAAGGAGAAGGAAAAGGCGCACAAAGGCAAGGGGGAACCUGUGCCUGUCCCCAAGAAGGAGAGGGGCGAGGCCCCCGCGGCGGCGGCCCCACUGGCGGCCCCGCUGCCCGCCAUGGAGUAUGCAGUGGACCCCGCGCAGCUGCAGGCCCUGCAGGCCGCUUUGACUUCCGACCCCACAGCGCUGCUCACGAGCCAGUUCCUUCCUUACUUUGUACCAGGCUUUUCUCCUUAUUACGCCCCCCAGCUCCCCGGCGCCCUGCAGAGCGGGUACCUGCAGCCUAUGUAUGGCAUGGAAGGCCUGUUCCCCUACAGCCCCGCGCUGUCGCAGGCCCUCAUGGGGCUGUCCCCCGGCUCCCUGCUGCAGCAGUACCAGCAAUACCAGCAGAGCCUGCAGGAGGCCAUCCAGCAGCAGCAGCAGCGGCAGCUCCAGCAGCAGCAAAAAGUGCAGCAGCAGCAGCAACAGCAGCAGCCCAAAGCAAGCCAAACCCCAGUCCCCCAGGGGGCUGCUUCCCCAGACAAAGACCCUGCCAAAGAAUCCCCCAAACCAGAAGAGCAGAAAAACGCCCCCCAUGAGGUGUCCCCCCUCCUGCCGAAACCCCCCGACGAGCCAGAAGCAGAAGGCAAAAGUGCGGAUUCCCUCUACGACCCCUUCAUUGUUCCAAAGGUGCAGUACAAGUUGGUCUGCCGCAAGUGCCAGGCGGGCUUCGGCGACGAGGAGGCGGCGCGGAGCCACCUGCAGGCCCUCUGCUUCUUCGGCCAGUCUGUGGCGAACCUGCAAGAGAUGGUGCUCCACGUGCCCACGGGCGGCGGCGGGGGCGGCUCGUACCACUGCCUGGCGUGCGAGAGCGCGCUCUGUGGGGAGGAAGCUCUGAGUCAACAUCUCGAGUCGGCCUUGCACAAACACAGAACAAUCACGAGAGCAGCAAGAAACGCCAAAGAGCACCCUAGUUUAUUACCUCACUCCGCCCGCUUCCCCGACCCUAGCACCGCAUCUACCUCGCAGUCUGCCGCUCACUCAAACGACAGCCCCCCGCCCCCGUCGGCCGCCGCCCCCCCCUCGUCCGCCGCCCCCCACGCCUCCAGGAAGUCUUGGCCGCAAGUGGUCUCCCGGGCUUCGGCCGCGAAGCCCCCUUCUUUUCCUCCUCUCUCCUCAUCUUCAACGGUUACCUCAAGUUCAUGCAGCACCUCAGGGGUUCAGCCCUCGAUGCCAACAGACGACUAUUCGGAGGAGUCUGACACGGAUCUCAGCCAAAAGUCCGACGGACCGGCGAGCCCGGUGGAGGGGCCCAAAGACCCCAGCUGCCCCAAGGACAGUGGUCUGACCAGUGUAGGAACGGACACCUUCAGAUUGUAAGCUUUGAAGAUGAACAAUACAAAUGAAUUUAAAUAAAAAAUUAAUAACAAACCAAUUUCAAAAAUAGACUAACUGCAAUUCCAAAGCUUCUAACCAAAAAAAAAAAAAAAAUAAAUAAAAAUAAAAAAAAUAAAAAUAAAAAAAGGAAAAAAAAAAAAGCGUGGGUUGUUUUCCCAUAUACCUAUCUAUGCCGGUGAGUUCACAUUCUUUUCUUUUAAUAUAUUUAAAAACAACAACAACAAACGCCCUAACCCUGUCGCAUCGUGUCCUUUUGAAGGUACUAUUGGUCUGGGAAACAGAAGUCCGCAGGGCCCUCCCUAAUGUCUUUGGAGCUCCGACCCCUUGUAUAGUCGCCCCCUCCAUAACCGCCCCACGUUGAUAGCACAGAGGAGCCCGGCAUGCACUGUAUGGGAAAGCAGUCCACCUUGACACAGUUUUAAAUUUCUUGCUAUCUUAGCAUUCAGAUACCAAUGGCUUGCUAAAAGAAAAAGAAGAAAUGUAAUGUCUUUUUAUUCUCAGGUCAAUCGCUCACACUUUGUUCUGUUUCCAGAAUCAUUAUUUUUUUUUUCAGUUCUCUUUUGCUUUUUUGUUCCAGAAAAUUUUUGUUGUUUUUGUUGUUAAUUUAAAAAUGGGCAGAAAGUAUUCAAGUAAAACAAUGUGAACUGCUUUAGCUUUCUGGGGAUUUUAAAGGAUAGCUUUUUUGCUGAAGCCAAUUUCAAGGGGAAAAGUUAAGCACUCCCACUAUCAGAAUAAAUAAAUAACCCCCCACACACACAAAGAGUGUUGAGGACUUGUAGCUUAAAAAGUAAGUUUUAAAAACUGACUUUCUGUAUUUAUGAUAGAUAUGACCAUUUUUGGUGUUGAGUAGAUUGUUGCAUUGGAAAUGAAAUGAAGCAGUAUGGUAGAUUUAAAAGGAGAAAAAAAAUCUUUUGUGUACAUUUAGCUUUUUGUAUGGUCCAACUGACAGCUCCUCAUUUGAUGUUGUCUUGUUCAUUCCUAGCAGAUAGAUUGCAAUCCGUUGAUUCGCCUAAACUUUUCUCCCCUUUGUCCCUGAAUUCCGCGUCCUGCUCCUGUCUCCCGCCGCCUGUCCUGUAACCUCCCACCUAAGGUGGCUGCCUUCCUUUCUUAGAGGGUAGCUGCAGAAUUAUUUUAUAAAACUAAAAAAAAAAAAAAAAAAAAAAAAAUUCCAAGGAUUCUAGGGGUCAUUAGGACCCCCCCGAUUAUUUUUGGUUGGGGAGUUGAACCUUCUAGAAGGCAUCC